AGACCGCUACAUACGAAGAGAAGACCGCUACGUUGUUUGCUUUGCUUGCUGCAACCUCCUCCUCAAAAGACGAGACGAAGAAAAACAUUAUACGAGUAGUAGAAUAGAGAAGAAAGAGAGAGAGAGAGAGAAUCAUAACCCUAAGCGUCUAAGAGAUGGGUUGGAUUACUCGAUUUCUGACUGCGGUGGCUUUUUUGGCAGUGGGAAUCAUAUUCUCACCUGAGUCAUUUGGAUCAAAAUCGGACGGUCACUUUCCAUCCAACCUCUCCACCUACCUCAAACUCGCUCAUCUCCUCUGUUUUUCCACUGCUUGGGGCGCUGCUUUAUGGGUCACCUUUAUCGGCGGCAUUAUCAUGUUCAAGAAUCUUCCGAGGCAUCAAUUCGGUAAUCUUCAGAGCAAGAUGUUUCCAGCAUACUUUUCAAUGGUUGGGGUGUGCUGUGCGAUCUCGGUGGCGUCUUUUGGCUACCUACAUCCAUGGAAGUCUUCAUCCACUGUCGACAAGUACCAGCUGGUCUUCCUUCUCUCUGCCUUCCUUUUCAAUCUCACCAAUCUCUUUGUCUUUACACCCAUGACCGUCGGGAUGAUGAAGGAAAGGCACAAAAUUGAGAGAGAAGAGAACAUUGGAGAGGAAGUUGGUUGGUCAAAGAACAGGGAAGCUGCAAAGGUGAACCCAAAGCUUGCAGCUAUGAACAAGAAAUUUGGCAUGAUUCACGGGUUAUCUUCUCUUGCCAAUAUCAUGUCUUUUGGUUGCCUUGCCUUGCAUUCAUGGUACUUAGCUGGUAAAAUCGACCUUUAGAUUGAAUUCUGUUGCCCGUGCAGGGAAAGGAUCUGUUAUGUUAAUCAUGUUAUUAAUGUGCAAUACUUGGUCGAAACAAUCCUCCAUUGACUGAAGGGGAUUUUGGAGUUCCUUUGGAAAGGAAAUAAUCUCAUUGUGUUAUGAAUCAUUUGAACCAAGUUUGUCCAUUUUACAUUGCAUUUAAAAAUACUUGGUAUGGCUUCUGUAUAACUUUCAUCGUAGAUUUCAAUAAAUAACUUCAUUUACAUCAUAA